AGACGCCAUAUUGGCAGUUUAGUGCAGCGCCGAGGUCCGCCAGCGGCUGGCGAUUCAGCGAGACCGUACCGCGAGCGUAUUUCGCCCUCAUCGCCCUUUGGGAAACCCGCCGCUGCCAUCUUCGUGGUAGAUGCGACGCGUGUUGCAGGCACGCAGGUUUUGCGCACCAACGCCACCGGGAGUGCGCGUGCUGCAUCGUUUGAAUAUCGGCUCGGUCGGCGCAUAUUCCUUCGGGUAUCUACGAGCGGUCGUCGAGUCCGAGCGUGUCUACCGUGUUAAUGUGCAGCUGUUCGACCCGCUUCGCGUAUAUCUCGGACUGACUGGGUGUUUUUGUCGACUGAUAACGCCGCGCGCGCUCGGAGAUUUCGGCGAUUGUGGGUUUUAUCGUCAUGUGGGACUCAUAGAUUUCAAUAAGUUGAUAUGGCAGCAGCUGUAGAAAUGGGGGAAGUAGAUGAUAUUCACUCCAAAGAAGAAUCAAAAGGAGACAUUCUUGUCAAUGGUAACAUAAAAGAAAAACAUGCAAAAGAAGAUUUAACAAUGGAGACUGACGACGCAAAAGAAGUAAAUGAUAAUAUUAAAGAUGAAGAAGAAGAAUCAGAAGUAGAUACAUCUGCAGAAGUAAUGGAGGUGGAUGAAUCAACAGACAGUGUCACUAAAAAUGAUAGUGUCAGUGAUGAACCUAGUGAAAAACCAUCCACACCCAAUAAAGACCCGGAUGAAAAACAAUUAAACGAAAGUGUUGACAUUUCCAAGCCGGAUAAAACUAAAACUCCAGAGGAAAGUGAAAUUAAAGAAGUUUCUGAUGAUGAGGUGACUGAGGUGCAUACAAUUGAUAGUGAUGAUGAUGAUGACGCGAUUGAUGAGGUGGUGGAAGACGGAGAGGAGGAGGAGGGACGAACCAAUUUGCCUGAGAAGCUUGACGACACCGAUGAUGUCAUGAUCGUGGACGACGAUAUCAAAGAAAACGGUACGACGUCACCGAAUAAAGACAAAGACUCGGAUUGUGCGGUGAUUGACGCAGAUCUACCGAAACCUCCUGAAAAAUCCAGCAAGAAAGAAGAUCCAGCGCCACGACGCAGCAGUAGGCGGCAAACGAUGCAGGCGAAACGUGUAAUGUCCAAGGAAAUCAUCUCGGAUGAGUCAGAUAUUGAGGAAAUCAUGGAGGAAGACCCACUGGCUGUGCCAGCAGCUGCAAAGAAAGCGAGGAAAUCCGCGACGAUUGUCGUAAACGAUACCAAACGCUUAGUGGAGAUCGCAUCGAAGACUUCCCCGCCGAAUUCCGGCAAAAAGGAGCCGACUUUGGUGAUUAUCGACACGAAUUCGAUUUUAUCCGGGCGUGGACCAGUGUCUGUGUCAUCAGCAUUGAAAACCACAACGUCAGGGGCGUCGACAACGUCUUCGACGUUUAAUGUACUGCCGAUGGCGUUACCUGCGCAAGGAUUGUAUCCGGCGAAUAUGCGCGCUACCAUCACGCCGAUUCCGAUGAAUACCUCCACGAAAGCAGUUCCAGCCCUGACGCCUGUCCUCUCGCCUUCAGCUGUGGCCGCGGCGGCGGCAGCGGGAACUUGUAUACUGCCAUCGCUGACAGAUGAUAUGUUUGUAGUUGAAGCGCCGUCAUUUAUCGUGCCCUACGUGUACGAAAAGCCUCCGAUAAAGGAUUUUAGAGAAUACAUUGGGGAAUUAGCAACCGCGUUGAAAAAAGAGCGUGAAAUUGAAGAGAAAAAUGGCGCUGAUGAUGAUUCCGACGUGGAAGAGAUUAAAGAUGAUGAUUCUGAUGUCGGUAAAAAAGACGAUGAGAAAAUCAAACCUUACUUUGACAGCCCUAUAGGUAAAUUUUUCGUUGAUAUUGGCUAUAAUUUAGUACAAGAAUAUGUCCAGACGGAUCUCCUCAAGCAACAGAAGCGUAAACGCGAUCGCGAAGGCGGUUGCAACCAUGAAACGAACAAAACCAUCCAAUCACUCAUCAAAACACUCGAGUAUACCAAGGAGAACAACGAGCCGUACCGCACAACACUGAAAAAGUGCGAGUUCUGCAGCUACAAGUCUGAUUCGAAGCUUGCGAUGGACUUCCACUUGGAAACACCGCACAUGAAGAACUUUGUCUAUCGCUGUAAUUUCUGCACGUAUGAGGUACGCAGUCCGCAUGAUAUACUGUUUCACAUGGAAGCAGAGCACUGCGUGCGUGGACGUUUGGAACGCGCGCCCGCGUUCCAUCAGUGUCCGAAUUGUCCAUUCGAAGACAACCAGAAGGGUAAACUGUCACGUCAUUCCGUCGCCUGCGCGAAGAAAUUCAAACCAGAACGCAAUAUGGAACCGCCACUGGACUGGGAACCACCGGCGAAGAUCCCGCGUCAACCACGGCUGAAAACGCCGAAUUUAGUUAUGACUGCGGCGAUGUACCAGGCAAUGACGAAGAAUACACAGGCGCAGUUUAUCAAGACUCAUGCGGUGGCGGCGGCGGCGACGCUUGCACAGCAACAGGCGCAACAGACGGCGGUGAACCGUGGACGCGGACGGCCUAGCCUCGGAGGCGUGUCUAGUAAGCAGCUCCUUAAAUCCGCACAAAAGGCUUUGGAUGUCAUGCCGACUUUUGCAGGUGGCAGCUCGGUUCUUGUGCCGACAAACUUCCAAAUCAGCGGUAACCAGUUGUAUCAGGUGGUUGGUGGUCAAGAAUUGGGAAAUAGGCUAGGCGUAUUCCCCACAUUGUCCUCCACCGCAAAUUCGAUCAGCGUUCAGUCUUCAUCACCGAAGUCGAAGACGGUCCACCAGCCGAGCAUUUCGAUCACACCACUACCUCGCGGUUCAACCAGUUCGUCACAACACAUGCAGGGCGGCGGCCUGGUGAAACCGGGCGAUUCCAACUCGAAGAACUCGUUUGUUAUAUGCGAGAUCUGCGAUGGGUAUAUUAAAGACCUGGAGCAACUGCGCAAUCACAUGCAGUGGAUCCACAAGGUGAAAAUCCACCCGAAGAUGAUCUAUAACCGGCCGCCGCUGAACUGCCAGAAGUGCCAAUUUCGUUUCUUCACCGACCAGGGCCUUGAACGACAUCUGCUUGGCUCGCACGGCUUGGUCACCUCCAGUAUGCAGGAGGCGGCCAACAAGUGCAAAGACAGCGGGAGAUGUCCUGUGUGUGGACGGGUUUAUCAAUGGAAGUUAUUAAAUCACGUCGCUAGGGAUCACAAUAUGACGCUGAAACCGGCGCACUUAUCGUACAAGUGCACUGUGUGCACGGCCACGUUCGGAAUGUAUAAACAGUUUGAAAAUCACGUCUACUCCGCGCACUCGGUUGUGGCGAAGCGUUCGAUUGAUAAGAAAAGUGGCGGGACGACCUCGAGUAGUGCGCCGACGUCAAGCAACGCGCCAACUUCAAGUUCGUCGAGUAUCAGCAAAGGUGAAUCGCUGCUCAAGCCGCUACAGAUCAACAAUGAGAUUACGAUCAUACCUCAAAUGCCGAAAUCGAACGGUGCUGGUUCCAGCAAGGAAUCGAGCUCUUCGAGGAGUAACUUGCCGGGAACAAGUCGAAGUAAAUUGGAUAAAAGAGAAUCAUCGCUCUCUGGUUCCGCAAUAGACUCCGGCGAGAUCCAAAUCAUAAAUCUAGGAUAGGACUCGAUGAUACUAAAGCAAUUUGCACGGAAAUACUCGUUUUCCAUUGUCCGAUACGAAACAAAAUGGCCGCCGAGCGCCGAACAUUUCUCUCUACCUCCAUGCGAUGGGGCGCAUUGCCGACAACUGCGCGUCACCUCUUGUGUUUGUUUCCAGUUGCCGAGCUACCGACGACGUCGCCGGCGGCGGCGGCGGCGGCUGAAAACGACACACAGCACCGGAGUGGAACUGCUGCGGCGGCACGACCACUCGAACAUUACUGAACGUGCAGCACACGUGCGAUACUUGACUGAUCAACAACCACCACCACCAACCACAGACUCUUUGAGGCGUCAUUCCCACCCGCAUCUUCGAGUGUGUGAUAAACAAUUCAUUUUUCUACAGUGCAUCAAGUCGAAUCUCUUCACCCAACUCACUGAGCCAAAUAAUAGUUAUUACCUAAAUCAGCAUUACACGCGAGACACGAUUUUUUUUCUUGUUUACAUUAUACUAAUUUAUUUCGUUAGUUAAAUCUACUAUUACUAUUUAUUUUUUUUGCCCGCCGCUGUCGCGCAUGCGUUUGUCUACUAUUGUACUUCCGGCGUGGCGAACGCAGCACGCAGCGCAGGGUUGUUCAAAGCGAAAUACUUUUUAUAUAGCAACAUGACAGAACAAAUAUCGAGAAAGCAAAACACAAUUGUACUUUAAUUGUAGGCUUAGCAGUUAGGUUUCCUAGAUUUUCAUUCGUUGUACAUAUUGUAUUAACAUAAACGAUUAAUUGUAAUGCGUUGCGAGUGAGAAAGUGCGGAGGGUUGAAGCGUGUUUGGGUUGUCAGGGUAGUUACAAUUACGUUGCCGAUCGAGAGACUACACACAUCAUUGUGGCUUGUGCGCGCGCGAACUUUUCGAUUGGUUUCCUUUUGAAUGUAUAUGAAACAGACAGAAUCCCGUUACGUGACGAUGUACAUAAUGGUUGCGCUGAGACGUGUUUUAUUCGUGAAUGGAUUGGGAGCGAAACAAAGUAAUGAUUAGCGUGUUGAAACAAACGUAAUCAAAAGAGAUUGAAGCGACAAUGAAUGACACAUUGCGAUGCGUAAAUACUGAUUGGUAAAAUAUUAAUAAAAGUGGUUAUUUUUAAAAUAUAUAUAUACACAAAUAUAUAUUAUAUAUAUAAAUAAAAUAGUACAUUACAA